CCCUCCCCGCACCCCAGCCCCCGUCUUAUAAAUGCGCGCCCCGCGCGGCCCGGGCCAUUCGCGACCGGGAGCUGCGCGGGCGCGUCCGAGUCCGGGGCUUCGGGGCGGGGGCGGGGGGCGGUGGCCGGAGCGACGCCCCGCGCAGGCUGGAGGCCGCCGAGGCUCGCCAUGCCGGCUGGACUCUAGCUGCCCCAUGGAGUCGGCCGACUUCUACGAGGCGGACCCGCGGCCCCCGAUGAGCAGCCAGCUCCAGAGCCCCCCGCACGCGCCCAGCAGCGCCGCCUUCGGCUUCCCCCGGGGCGCGGGCCCCGCGCAGCCCCCCGCCCCACCUGCCGCGGCGGAGACGCUGGGCGGCAUCUGCGAGCACGAGACGUCCAUCGACAUCAGCGCCUACAUCGACCCGGCCGCCUUCAACGACGAGUUCCUGGCCGACCUGUUCCAGCACAGCCGGCAGCAGGAGAAGGCCAAGGCGGCCGCGGGCCCGGCCGGCGGCGGCGGCGGGGACUUCGACUACCCGGGCGCGCCCGUGGGUCCCGGCGGCGCCGUCAUGCCCGGAGGGGCGCACGGGCCCCCUCCCGGCUACGGCUGCACGGCGGCCGGCUACCUGGACGGCAGGCUGGAGCCCCUGUACGAGCGCGUCGGGGCGCCCGCGCUGCGGCCGCUGGUGAUCAAGCAGGAGCCGCGCGAGGAGGACGAGGCGAAGCAGCUGGCGCUGGCCGGCCUCUUCCCCUACCAGCCGCCGCCGCCGCCGCCGCCGCACCCGCACCCGCCGCCCGCGCACCUGGCCGCCCCGCACCUGCAGUUCCAGAUCGCGCACUGCGGCCAGACCACCAUGCACCUGCAGCCCGGCCACCCCACGCCGCCGCCCACGCCCGUGCCCAGCCCGCACCCGGCGCCCGCGCUCGGCCCCGCGGGCCUGCCAGGCCCGGGCAGCGCGCUCAAGGGGCUGGCCGCCGCGCACCCCGACCUCCGCGCGGGCAGCGGCGGCGGCGGCGGCGGCAGCGGCGGCGGCGCGGGCAAAGCCAAGAAGUCGGUGGACAAGAACAGCAACGAGUACCGGGUGCGGCGCGAGCGCAACAACAUCGCCGUGCGCAAAAGCCGGGACAAAGCCAAGCAGCGCAACGUCGAGACGCAGCAGAAGGUGCUGGAGCUGACCAGUGACAAUGACCGCCUGCGCAAGCGGGUGGAACAGCUGAGCCGCGAACUGGACACGCUGCGGGGCAUCUUCCGCCAGCUGCCCGAGAGCUCCCUGGUCAAGGCGAUGGGCAACUGUGCGUAAGGCGCGCGCUGGGCCGGCCCUCGGCUGGGACGCAGGGAGUGGUUGGUUCAGGGUCUCAAGACUGGCAGAGCGCGCGGAGCGCGCGCCAGGACGGGGAGAUUCUGGAGCGCCUGAAAAUCUGGCCAGGCCGGCCGCGUGCCCCCUUGCCUUCCGCGGCGCCCCGGACUCGGGAGCGUCCCAGACGAGGGUGGCCGGAGGCAGCCGUUUGCUCCCUGCCGGAGGAGAAGCCCGCGCCGGGGCUGAGCCGGAGCCCUGCAAUUCUAGUAUUAAGGAAUAACCUUGUGCCUUGGAGACUUAAGACUCACUGCUCUGAUUCCUACCGAGUAGGGGGAGCAGCUGUGUGCCUUGCCAUUUUCUUUGGAGGGUUCCUGCUUGGUCCGGAGGCUGCAGGAGGUCCCCUCGAUUUUGAAAAGGAGGGGCGCAGGCCUGCGGCCGGAGGAAGGGUCUGGGAGCAGAAGUCCCAGCGAGCUGGUUCCAUCCGUCCACCCUCAGUGCCGGUGCUCGGAUGGGGAGGUAAUGCGGGACUGGAGACUGAAGGGAAGGUUGCUUGCUGGUUCUCUGUGAAGGGAGAGGGCCCCUAGUCCCUUGCCUCUAACCUACCAGCCUGCAGCAGGCUGUCCCGUCUCCCCUUACCCCCAUGCACACUUACUGAGAGGGGGUCCACCCAAACCUGCCCAGACCAGGAAACUUGGCUGUGGGUUAGCUCUCAGGAUGUGUGUUCUCAGGAGUGGGAGUCUCCUGGCCACUAGCCUGGCCUGGAUCCUGGAGAGGUGGGGGGGGGGGGGGAGUGUCCCGACAGGGACUUCCAGCCUGUGGCGUUGCCAGCAUUGCCGGACAAACUCGAAGCACCGCAGUCAUCCCUGAGGGGCCAGAGUUAUGAGAAGCUUCCCAAAUAUUCUGCUUUAUCAGUCGAUAUCAACACUCAUAUCUGGCCCCUGUGCGUCCCGGCGGGGCCUGUGCAAUGGGAAUGUGCACGUCGGUGUGAAGCCAUUUUAUUUGGCUUUUGUUUUGGUUUUUGCUCAAAUACUUGCCAAACUGAGACUCUCUAUUAAGGCAGCUGCAGGGAGAGUCUGGCCUCUCUCCUUUGGGUUUGGGGAUUGCCUUUGCCCCCCGGGAACCCAGGAGGGGAAGGUGGGCUUACCCUUUCCCCUCAGCUGGCUCAGAGGUGCCAGUGGGCCUCAGGGCAGGGCCUGCUGCAGAUUGCCUCCCCCCUCCCCACCCCAUCCCCACCCCAGAGGCCUUUUAUUCCCCUGGUCUGAACAGAGGCAUUUCCAGCCACACUCAGACCAGGGGGCCUGGGACUGGGGGGAGCAGCCUGGUUCUCU